AAUGGCCGCCCACAUGAGAAGGUUGAUGAUGAAGUUGCUCAACGACUGAACCAAAUCUUCGAGCAGCCUAGCCCGAACGACCAACAAAUACAGCACAACUAUGAUACCAAUACAACAUGGUUUGGAGUGGAAAAAAGGAAUAGUGAAUCCGUCUUUCAUUCUUCAAGACGGCUUCUUGAUAUCUUGCACGAGAGCCAAGUUGGGGUAUUUAAGGAACGGUUUCCUCAUCUCGUUUCAUUUAUAGGACAUACGGGAGCCGGAAAGAGUACAGUCAUCAAGAUGCUCAUGGACCGUGCCCAGGCUCAGGCUAAGCUUCCUAAAGAUCAUAUAAACCUCAAGCCUGUCCCAGGGCUCGUCGACGAUAAUUUACCUACGACAGGCGAUGUACACUUAUAUGCAGAUCCCGCAACUUAUUAUGAUCAGAGCCCGAUACUGUUUGCUGAUUCAGAAGGCAUGACUGGUGGAGAAAACACCCCGAGAGGGAUAGAAUUCUGCUCUACAGAUGAUUCAGAGAGUGCGAAAAAAGCCCGAAAUCUUGUCAAAGACAGAAUCAUAAAAAGACUUUCUUGGGGAAAUGAACCAAAGAAAAAUUCGCGAGAGUUUGCCGUCAAGAGCCUCUUCCCAAGAAUUCUAUAUACUUUCUCGGAUGUUAUUGUUUUCGUACUCCGUGAAGCUAGAAUCUUUGAAGAUGUCUUACAUCUACUAGUAGAGUGGGCGGCUGUUUCAAUUAGCAAGUCUGUAAACCAACCCAGCAGGCCACAUGUUAUUAUUGUCCUUAAUGCGGCCGAAAUGACUACGGACGACAGACAGUGGGAACCGGAAUUUGCGACUGAUAAGCUACUCGAGGACUACAAAGAUUCGGUCAAUAAUGUACCGUACCUACAGAACAUUUGUUCCAGCCUCAAGCUGUCGAGAAGCAUUAAGACGACCAAAGAUCUUCUCAACUAUUACUACCUAUCAGUCACAGUCCUCAAAAUUCCCCGCAAGGGCCAUUAUAUGCAAAUUGAUGCGCAGCUUAUAAAGCUCUAUGAUAACAUCUCUAGCAAAUGCGCAGAGUCCCAUGACAUCAAGAAGAGGACAAGAAUGUUACUCAAUGCAGAAAGGCUACCAAGAUAUGUCAACGCAGCCUAUGACCACUUCACCCAAGAUCUAGACGAGCCAUUUGAUUUUGUGACAGAGGCACGCCGUGAUUUGUCUCCACCGCAAGACUUUGGCGGACAUGUACUCAACUUCAUUCUGUUCAUGUACGAUCAAUGGGAGACAACUGGUAUCCCUAUGUCUGGGCUCUUUUAUCGUCUUGCAGAACCCAUUGCUUCGUGUGUUAUGCUCGCAGCCACUAGAGACAAAACACAAGGAACCUUCUCGAGUCUUCUUCAAGACACGUACAAAGCUCCACUCAGUGAUGCUGUUUCAGAGUUUUGCGACAAAUGGUUGCGUUGCUCGUUCAAAAAAGACGGUAAUUCUUGUGUGAAUACUAAAUUAUCACAUGAAAAGGGGCACCAAACUCGCAAAGGAGUCAUUUUUGCGCGAGGGGGCUAUCAAUCAUCAUUCAAUUACCUUGAAUCUUUUGAUCAGUGGAUUGCUGAUAUUCAGAAGGUUAUUGAGAGCCUUGAGGCGAAGGUUAACAGUGCGGAGAAAGAUGAGUGCAGUUUCAUCCCAAGGAUGCACCGCAGUGUUAUGGAGACCUUUUACUACAAAGUCCCGUCCGCUUCAAGAUUCCGAAGUCAUUUAACUUGCGUUUGCUGCAUUGGGAAAAUACCGGAGAACAUAUUGCCUUGCGGCCACAUAAUCUGCAAGGCAUGCGUCAAGUGUUUCGGAGACUGCAAAGGGCAAGGCUUGGUCAAUUUAUAUCGCUGCCCUCUUCAUCCAACUACCAGCAAUUGGCAUUCUCCAAUACAGAUUGAAUACAAGCCAGAGGAGGCUGGUGUGAGAGUCCUUUGUUUAGAUGGGUACAUUGUAACACUCUUUUUGGCGCUCGUUAUCCUUCGCGAAAUUGAGAUGGAGCUUGGAGAUCACCUUCCAAUCCAGAGCUUUUUUGAUCUCAUUGUUGGGACAAGUGCCGGUGGCAUUCUUGCUCUAGGCUUGGGUGUCAAAAAUUGGCCCGUCUCUGAGUGCACGUCGCAGUUCAAAGGCCUUUGCAAACAGGCUUUUACGAAACGCGCUCCAAGAUUAUUCAAUACAUUUACUGCCAUAACUGGUAAAGGGUUAUACAGAUCAAAGGCGAUUGAAAGCGCUUUACGGUCAGCUUUUGGUAAUAAUUCUUUGCUUUAUGGGAGAGCCCUGCACACAAGAUCAACGUCAAUACGCGUUGCGGUUACAACAACGCUCGCAAGAGAAGAUCGAGCAGCCGUUCUAUCCAACUAUAAUACAGAAUGUAGAUCGGAAAAGCUGCCAUACGUAUUUAUACGACCACAAGACCCAACGCAAGAGCUUAAAGUUUGGGAGGCUGCUAGAGCCACCUCAGCGGCUCCGCCAUAUUUUAAACCGUUUAUUCAAGGCGAAACGAUGCGCGCCUAUACGGACGGAGCAAUCCAUCACCACUGUCCAGUAUUCAUUGCGGAUCAAGAGCGACGGCUGCUUUGGGAAGAUGUUAAAGACUGGCCCCCUGAUAUCGUCCUUUCAAUUGGUAGUGGCUUUAGAACCGCUGAAGAUUCAUCUAGCCCACCCGAAACAAUGGAGAUAAGCACCUCGGAUGGCUUCUUUAACCGCAGACCUAGGCCGCGGCGAGCAGUGGCAGGGCUUGGAUAUUUAUGGCGAACAGCUAACAAAAUUAUUGAAAAGCAGCUAGAUUGUGAGGAGAUUUGGAGAAGUUACUCCAGCCAGAACAAAUCAGCAGGAGACAAGAUGAGAUAUGGAGACGAAAAUCGCAAUAUUCGCCUAAAUGUUCACUUUGCGAACGAACUGCCAGCCCUUGACGAUGUAAAGGCAAUGGACGGUAUGGAGCAUCUUGCAAAACUCAUGGUCCAGGAGACUCGACGUGAAAUACAGAAGGUCGCAGAAAAAUUAAUUGCGAGUUGUUUCUAUUUUGAGACUGUCGGCCCAGCUUUUCGAAACACGGAAACUGGUCGAUUUCAAUGUAAAGGUCGAAUCCACUGUCGGUUUCAUGACGUGCGCGACAUUCAAGGACUAGGAAAGAUACUGCUUCGAUACUGCUCACAGCGAUUUGUACCAUCAUUCUUGAUAAAAGAGAAUUACGGAUCAAGGUUGCAGAAAUACUACAAGGAGUCCUUCUCUAUCACCACGAUCGAGAAUAUGGCUAGCCGUGGGAUCUUCACCCCCCUUCGAGAAAUCUCCAUUGAAGCGAUUGAUCUUUCCAGUCAGACAAACAUAUGCCUUUGCUUGCAUUCGGAUAAUUCCCACGUAUACGGCGUCUCUCAAGAACUUUUCACCACCCCACUUGAGAUCAGCGGCUUCCCGCGUAAUCUU